AUUUUAGGACUUUUUCUUGUCUCUUGCUAGAUUUCUUCGUCAUCGAGAUGCCCGAGCCCGCCAAGUCCGCACCGGCCCCGAAGAAGGGCUCCAAGAAGGCGGUGACCAAGGCGCAGAAGAAGGACGGCAAGAAGCGCAAGCGCAGCCGCAAGGAGAGCUACUCGGUGUACGUGUACAAGGUGCUGAAGCAGGUGCACCCCGACACGGGCAUCUCGUCCAAGGCCAUGGGCAUCAUGAACUCGUUCGUCAACGACAUCUUCGAGCGCAUCGCGGGCGAGGCGUCGCGCCUGGCGCAUUACAACAAGCGCUCGACCAUCACGUCCAGGGAGAUCCAGACGGCCGUGCGCCUGCUGCUGCCCGGGGAGCUGGCCAAGCACGCCGUGUCCGAGGGCACCAAGGCCGUCACCAAGUACACCAGCUCCAAGUAAACGUGCCAAAAUACAGAAGUGAUUGAAUUUGAGGGCAGCAGCAGUCCUAUGGGAUAUGGAGUUUCUUCUAGCCUUACCAAGCCUUUCUUUGUGGCUGACUCAAGACCCUUUAGGAAAGUGAACAAAGAAUGCACCAAGAAAAGAGAUGAGAUAUAUAGCCUAGUGCUGGAGAGCAGAUAAUUUAUGUAAAAGUACUUACCAAAGUGUUGAGAAAUCUAUCUGAUGUGAAGUGUCUUUGAAUUCUAUCCAGACAUCUUUGAAAGAAAACUGGUGGGAAUGUUCUGCCAUGUAAAUGAAUUUUGGUUCUCAUGCUCACUGUGCCUCACUUUAUAAAAUAAGACUAUUCUUAAAUAUUACUAAAUAAUAAAGUUCUAAAAUAAA